UUAGACCAACCAAUUAACAGCAGUGUUCUCAAAGUUUGUUCUCCAUUAUAAGUUUCCAGUAGUGCCCCUUCUGGUUAGGAUCAGGCACAAGGUUGGGGUUAGGUUAAAUGCAUUUUGCUAUUUCAUAAGGCAUACCGGGAAAUGGCUAAAGCUGCUGAAAAGACAAAGUCGCUUAAAUUAGGCUUGGUCAAUAAAUAUGUUUUUUUUUUUUAAAUGUUAAUGACUGAAACUAAGAGUUCCCUGAUUAUACAGUUAUAAGUGUGAACAAAAAAUAUUAGGCUGGGAGGGGGGCAGUAAUAUGCGAGAAAAACUGCUGACCGAUACCCAAACGCAUGGUCCCCUCCAGGCUAUAUAGUAGAUAGAAGAGGGUAAUUAUUAUUUUUAUGUGGUCGUAACGGAAUGGAUAUUGUUUUCCGGUUUCCUCUCCUGGCUUCUCGUGAUUGGUGUUUCAACCUGUGAUGAGUCCACAAGAGACGCUCUGAUUGGUCAACAGCUGGAAACCAGGUAGUGGAAGCACCACGUAGUCUGCAGUGUACUAUCCCUGCAUUCACCGUACAUCAUGGAGCCACCUCUGUUUCCCCGUGAGUCUGGGCAGUUCAUAGCAGAGCGGAGUCGAGAUGUGUUUGUGGAGGAGGAAGGAGUGCAGAUGGUGGCAGAGAUGCUCUACAGUCUCCGACACAGUGACGAUCUGACGGCCAGUGGCUGGAAGAAGGCAAAUCCAUUGGCACCAGCGCCCACCUCUGACCAGGCCUUGAAUUGGGUAUUUGUGGUAGACACAAUGAACUUCUCCUUUUGGCCAGAGAAAGAAACACAACAGUGCGAGGUGACUUAUAAAGGGACCACCUACACAGGAUACAUGACCCUGUGUGCUGCCAUCACCAGGGCCAUGGAGGAAGGUAUACCCAUCACUGAUCCAAAGCACUUCUCUCAGAUGAGUUUGGAGGAGUUGGAACAUGUCCUUCGAUCAGACAAUGCAACGCCCAUGCCCAUGCUUAAGGAGCGCCACCAGGUGCUGACUGAAGGCGGCCGCGUGCUGCUGGAACACGGUGGAAGCCUUCGGAGUUUCAUCAGCCAAGCCGGGAAUGACGCCCGGAAGAUGGUGGAACUCAUUGUGAAGAAGAUCCCUUCCUACAGGGACGAAGCUACAUAUGAGGGGAAGAGAAUCUCAUUCUACAAGCGAGCCCAGAUCCUGGUGGCAGAUUUUUGGGGCGUCAUGGAGGCCAGAGGAGAGGGAGACAUGAUUAACAUGGAGUGGCUCACCAUGUUCGCAGACUACAGGGUUCCUCAGGUUCUCGUCUACUUUGGAGCACUACGAUACUCUGAGGCACUGAUGCAGGCACUGAAGAGCGGCGAGCUGCUGAGUUCAGGGGACAGGAGGGAGGUUGAGAUCCGAGGUUGUUCGAUUUGGUCUGUGGAGCUGAUCAAAGACUGUCUUUGCAAGCUGAUGCAGGAGAGAGACGGACAGACCUGCAGCAUCAACUCCGCAAUCAUCGACUUCUACCUGUGGCCUUAUGCCAAGCAGCACCAUAAAGAGAUGGCCCACAUUCCCAUACAUCACACACGCUGUAUUUACUACUGACGAAUGCUGGCAGCAUUACAUAGAGUAGGCUACACUUCCCAGUGUUCCGCCUUGGCAUCGGUGCCUCUCCCUGGGAUAAAGCCAAGCACAUCUCUGUGCCAGAUAUACGUUCUAAUGGGCUUCUCACUAGCUGUAAUGGAAACAUGUGUCAAGCUUUAAUGUAGCUUGUUUGUCCAAGUGGGUAUAGCACUGUUGUCCAUUCGCAGUCAAUUAAAGUGUUUACUGUGAAUGUGGAACAUUUUUACAAAUAUCUCGCAGGAGAGAGAAAUAGUGAUCAUAUACUGUGUGUGUGUAUGUGUGUGUGUGUGUGUGUGUGAACAUAUAAUGAUGGACAUAUCGACAUAUCUGGACUUGUGAACUGACACUCAGUGAAAAUAAAAUAUUUUGAUUAGA